CGACUUGACGCCUCGAAACGACGAAGACAGCAGAGAAGCAAAUGAGAUGGAUUGGAGACAGUGUCCUGUUAGCCAUUUCAUUUGUCUGCGCCAAACGGGUUCAUCCACCAUUCACUCUGUCGAAUGUGAUAACCUGUCACCUCCGUCCAUGCCGAUAUUUUCAGCCUAUGAAUAACGUUUUCGUGAUAUAUCAUAGACGAAACCAUGGACGCGCCUGCUCCUCUGUCACAGGCGACCUCCCACUUCCCAGUCCAGCCCCUCCCAGCAUCGCUGUUGGUCGACCUGGAGCUGGACCGCAGGGAGAAACUCCUCCGGAAGGGGAAUUUGAUGACGGGUUGCGGAGAGCUGGAUGAUUAUGUCUUGCUGGGAGGGAUGGAGCGCGGGUCUGUCGUCGGCGUGAGCGCUGAGGAGGAGGAGAUCGGGUUGUUGAUCUGCUUCCAGGCUGUGGCGCAUUUGUUGGCUACCGAUUCGUCGGCAAGGGCCAUGGUUGUGACCACGCUGCCGGCGAGCAUGCUGCUGCCCAAGUUGCGGAAGGCUCUUGUCGGCCAGCUGUCCACUCCCCGAGACGGACUGCAGGAAUUCCACAGGAAGGUCCAGGGAUGUCUGGAAAGAACCUCGGUUGCUCGAAUCUUUGACUUUGAAGGGCUGUGGGAGGUCCUUGGAGAGCUAGAGGCGGCCGUCUCUGUGACGGACAGUCGCACGCCAGCAGACGAUCAGGAAGCGAAGGCAGGGCAGAAGAAGCCAGAGGACGCGACGCCAGAAGGAUGCCACGAGGAUCAAAAGGCGCAAAGAACCGAAGUCCUGGACAGCGAGGAUGAAGGCGGCUUCUCUUCUCCAGAAUCGUCUCCCGCGCAGACGCCGCCACUGCAACCCGAACCAAAGCCAAGUACUACCAUGCCAGUCCCACCAGCAACCCAACUUCCUCCUCUCCCGGACCUGAUCCUCAUCACCCACACCUCCACUCUCCUUAAGACGCUUUUCGCCGGCCGCGACAAGGGAGCAGCACACAGCACGAUACUCCUCCUCUCUUCCCAUCUGCAGUCCCUUACCCGAUCUCCAUCCCACGGCGGCCCGCUCAUCAUGUUCCUCAACUCGACAACAACAACAACAACCACCUCGCCUUCUCCCUCCUCUGCACACGUUACUGCCGACAACAACGGCCUUACCGCAGCAGUACCGUCGACAACAACCGACAGACAAACCGGGCACAUCGAACCGACCCUCCGCUCGAUAUUCAACAUCCCACCCGCGCCGACGGUGGCCGGACAACAACGACAACAACAACAACAACAACAACAACAACAACAACAACAACAACAACAACAACAGCACCCGAGCCACACCUUGACGUCCACCGCCUGGCGCAACAAGCCUUCCUUCGGGUUGGUGUUUUCCCAGAUGCUGGAUCUGCACCUGCUCUGCACCCGCGUGCCGAGGACGAGGGCGGAUGACGCUGCUUUGAUGGCGAGUUGUCGCGGGGCGGUGGUGGGGGCCGAGGUUCCGUAUGUUUGGGUCGUGGAGGUGUUGUUGGAUGAAAUUGGGGUGUACGAGCAGUCCGAUGCAAGGAGGAGGGAAUGGGGGAAAAGAAGGUGCAGGGAGCAGAGGUGGGGUGCGGUUGAUGUUGAUGGGGAGGGAAGGGUUGUUGAUGCGGUGUUGUAAGGGGUGACACGAAAGGGACAUCCCGUUGUUGGGAGGAAUGGUGCUGUCUUUGAUCUAGAUGUCAGA